UCCCCGGCGUCCCCUGACGUCCCCGCGGAGAGAUCGUCGCCGCUCGGCGGUCCCGGCUGCGCGCCGUCCUUAGUCCACACGGGUUGCAGUUUCCUCUAGAAAUGCCUCACCUCCUUGAACAGCGUCUUCCCAACAGACCAAUACGUCUCGAUGUGGCGUGUUCAACACUACAGUGUAACGUUUUCCUAGAGAAAUCAAGAACUCCUUGAAAUAUUCCGUUUCCAAGACCACGAAGUCCACCGAGAGCGCGACUGCCGUCUGCUCGUUCACCAACGGCUCUUUGAGGACGGUUCGACCGCCGUGAGAGCCGCAGUGUAGACGGCGCUAUCCUCCUAAAAUUGGCGACAAGAUGAAGCGGCUGUUUCUCGGGACGUAUCUAGGCAGCAAAACCUACUUUGAUGUAAGCCCUCUCCGAGAAACCCGUUGCUGGUAUGACAGUUUGCACUCGAUACUAGUUUGAAAAUCCAUCUUAUUUUGAGGUAUACUUUGCUUGCUUAAUAUCUUAAUUUUAGGUUUAAAGUGUGGACUUAAUUCUGGCUUUCUUUGAACAAUGCAGAGCAGCUUCUUACAAGUUUUUGUGUGCAUAAAUAAGCUACUAGGAACACGAUUUAAACCAGGCAGACGUUUUGUUGGGGUGACGACUUCCAUUCCGCUAACCCAGGGCCGGCCGGAGCUGCCGCGCAGGAACCAAACGCACCGCCGAAGGCCCGCGCCCAGCGUCGGUUCUGCCCUAAGUGACCCUAGGCGACGUCGCCGGAGCAUAACGUACAUUUGGGUGCCUCCCUGCCAAGUUGUCUAUGUAACAGAGAGCAAACCAUGUGACGGUGAUCGAUGGCACAGCUGUCCCCCUCGGGGACCGGCAGUCGGCGGAGUCGGAACAGGCCGGGCUACACCGCCCGCCGCCCGCAGCGCGCCCGUCCCCGUCGCGUGGAUGCGGGUUUCCGCGCCCAGUCUCCAACCUACCAGCCACUGCUGGUCGCUUUCUUCCCUUCGCUUCGAAAUUGCUGUAGAGGCAUUAGAGCAAAGGUUUUCGUGCGUUUUUAUCUACAAGAUCUCUAGGUCAUCGACAACAGCGUUGAAAAUUAGAGUCCUUGGGAAGAGAAAUAUUACAAGAAUUAUGCAAAUUUCCACUGAAAGAGGUCUGACUGUGAGGCUGGGAGAGUGAGUAGACUUGUCCUACGUGGAAAGGAGAAGUGGAGAAACACAAAGGUAAGCCUAUCGUUCCUCUGUAUGGUCUGUGGUAAAUCGCAAAAGGCAUCCUUUACAUCCUUAAAGUAUAGCAGCAGAAUUCACCUUCUAAAGUAUACUAACUUCU